CACCGAGCUCUUGAGUCUUGAGUAGGUACAGGAAUAGGGCAUCGCGACUCAGAGCCACUCAUUGAAAUGCCUGCGAAACCUGCAAAGACCAUAGUUCCGUCUUCCACACAUGAAGUUCAAUACGCGUUCUUCCCAUACGCAAGGUACACCUCCGUCGUUGGCGUCCACACCAGCCUCGUAGCGUUCACAGCCCUCUUCCUACCCCAGACAUCUCUCUUACUCUGGCCAUCAUUCGCUGAUUCUGACCGUCCACAAUCCCAGUUUCAAGACGCACUGACGGAUAACCCAGUUAUAACACUCGCUUGGAUUAUCGCAGGGCUAGUGAUCCUCCAAGUAUGGUGGGCGGGGUGGAUCAGGCAGUGGUGUUUCGAGUAUACCUCUCGCGGCGGAACGAGUGACGAGAUUAAAAUGAAUAGGUAUCACUUCGAUCGAGGGAGAUUUUCGAGAUUAGGAAGAGCGGCUGUUUUCACUUCAUGUGUAGCCUUGGUGUUCCACGCAACUAUAGUAUUGUUCGGUGCUCCUUCUUCAAGCCACCUCCCUCAUACAUUCUUGCUGGCGAUCGUUCUAGCACUGCUAUCCGCGUUCGCGCCAGCUUAUGCAAUGGGUUCUCCCUCCUUCUCCUCCGACACUUCGUCCUUCAUCACUAGACUUAACUGGACACGUUUAUUCGCCGAGCUUUCCCCGCGGAAUCCGAUAGAAAGGGCUCUGGUUUAUCCUGCUGUCGCGAGCCUCCUUGGCGCUUGGCUCGGUGCUCUCCCAAUCGCUCUGGACUGGGAUCGACCAUGGCAGGCCUGGCCGCUAACGCCUCUCUUCGGAGGGAUCGCAGGCUAUAUAGUCGGAUCUCUUUCAGCGCUUUCCGUCAGUGCAUUAAAGUGGUUGACUGAGAAGAACAUCAAAAGAGAACAAUCGGAGAAGCAGAAAACCACCUGAGGCGCUGAUUUCAGUUCCUUAUUAUUUAAGUUGAGUUCUAGACACCUAUCAAUCGCUCUUUUGGGACCAGGCUCUUCUAUGCGAAUAUGAGGUCGGCAUCAGCCUCCCUGAGAAGCUUGCGUCUUUCUCUGGUUUCGCGUUCCCCGAUGCACGACGAGACUCUUGAAGUUUCAAGCAUCCAUGAGACGCCUGAAAUCAGCUUCUGGAAUCCUUGUGUCGCUGACGUAUCAGGCCAUCAUUAUACGACGACAGUUUAGAAUUGCACGUCAUCAUCGUGUUCUUGGGUUCUUCCACCUUGCAAUAGAAUACCCGGGAUAGUGCAAGUCAAAUUUGAGGUCUAUUGGCAAUCUGCUGGCAUUGCAAAUACCAUCUGUU